AUGAAAAAGUUCGGGAUUGAGCAGAAAUAUUUAGCAUCAUUACCCGCAGCGCAGCGCAGCUCAGCGCAGCAUUGUAGUUAUGUUACAGUGGCAAUUGCAAAACACAUAACCUGCCUCUUCGUAAUUGCUUUGUGUCUUAGCAAUGCUUGCGCUGACGAUGAUAGUUCGAAAGAAACGAAUGAAGUCAUACCGCGUGAGGCCAUACAAAAAUUGGACUACUCGGUGAGACAAGCUUUAUUACGUGCCAUAGAUAAAUUAGAAAAAGAAGCAGCAACAGAAGAAAUCCUAGAAGAAACCACUACCACAAUACCAACCCUGGUGACCAGCAUUGCCAGUACCAUUUCAACCAACACCACACAAGCCAAUGAAGAAGUACUGGAAGAAAGCACAAAUGCCUCUGAUGUGGUACCAACUGUACAAUUCUACACUGCAGUUUUAGACGAGAAAAAUGCUCCAGAACAAUUAUUAUCCUCUUUCAUAGAUAGUUCAAAAAUUUUUAAACAAACUAAUAAAAAAGGCACACAAAAUUUAGGUUCACCAACAGUUGUUGCUGAUCUAGAAGCCACAGCUGAAGAUAGUCGGCAAGCAGCACGCAGCGUUGGCACUGCUUUGCGUUCAAAUGAAAUAUCGAGCGAUAAAAAUGCUGAAGUUAAAUUUGAAAUACGUAAAACUAAAAAUAAUUCAAUAACCUCAAGUACUACUACUACAACUACAACAACACUACCGCGUACGACAAGGCGACGUCCUACUACUACGACUACGACAACGACAACUACCACCACACCACGUCCAACACACAAUGAAGAUGGUGAAAAUAUUGAAUUGGUAGAUAAGAACGAUAUACGCAUACAGGAAGCGCCUCUUGUCACGGCCUUUACUGUAGACUUAGACGAACGUGGCUCAGCUAAAAAAGUUAUCCCAAUCGUACAUCCUAUUCCCACACCAACAGCAGAGACCACAUUACGCAGUGCUGAUAUAUUUUCAGUUCACACUGGUCCAACAAUAUCUAAGUUUAAUGUUUUACCCGGGGGCCCACAAAGUGCUGCGUUAAGUUCAGCCCACAAUUUGUUGUCAGCUCCAUUGCCCACACAAUCUACCCAAGUGACGACUGCAGCUAAUAUUUUACUCAACGCAAUUCCAACAUCAAGUUUUGAAGCUGUAAGUAUUCAUUCACUUAUGUAUAUAUCUAGCAAUGUCAACUAA